GGGUCGUGUUCUCCUCACUCAUCCGCUCGCUCAUUCUCCAGCCAUUCUCCAGUUGAGAACGACAGCAAGCCUCCUCCAAAAUGAUGACUUCUUCUUCUUCCAGCCGCACCUACAUGUCUUCAGGAGGUUCUUCUCACUUUGGUGGUGGAGCAGGUCGUGUCACAGCCAUGCGUGCCGGUAGUGUGUAUGGAGGAGCAGGGGGAAGUGGAGUCCGUAUCUCUAGUGCCUCUGCUCAUCGUUCCUUCUCUGCUGGUGCCGGUGCCGGUGCUGGUUUUGGAGGUGGUUUCAACUUGGCUGAUGCCAUUGAUGUGUCCGCAAAUGAGAAAGCCACCAUGCAAAACCUCAAUGACCGUCUGGCCUCCUACCUGGAGAAGGUGCGCUCUCUCGAGAAGGCCAAUGCUGAUCUUGAGCUGAAGAUCCGGCAGUUCAUGGAGAGCAGGAUGGGCCCCUCUGCUCGUGACUACAGCGCCUACUAUGCUACAAUCAGUGACCUCCAGGGCAAGAUCCAGGCUGCCACACGUUUAAAUGGAGGCAUCUACCUGAGCAUUGACAACGCCAAGCUGGCUACUGAUGACUUCAGGGUCAAAUAUGAGAAUGAGCUGAGCAUGAAGCAGUCUGUAGAGGCAGACAUUGCUGGCCUGAGGAGGGUGCUGGAUGAGCUGACAAUGUCAAGAUCUGAUCUGGAAAUGCAGAUUGAGGGUCUAAAAGAAGAGCUGAUCUUCCUCAAGAAGAACCACGAGGAGGAACUCUUGGCAGCUCGCUCCCAGAUGAGCGGACAAGUCAACGUGGAGAUAGACGCAGCACCACAGGAAGACCUGACAAAGGUCAUGGCUGAAAUACGUGAGCACUACGAAGCCGUUGCUGCCAAAAACCGCAAAGAACUUGAGACUUGGUUCAAGUCUAAGAGUGAAGCCCUCAGCAAGGAAGUUGCCGUGAGCACAGAAACCCUCCAAACAUCCCGAUCUGAAAUCACCGAGGUUAAACGCACGCUCCAAAGUCUUGAAAUCGAGCUACAAUCACAACUCAGUAUGAAAGCAUCGUUGGAAGGCACUUUGGCAGACACACAGGCCCGCUACGCUUCCAUGUUGUCCAGCUACCAGCUCCAGGUCACCAGCAUGGAGCAGCAGCUGGGACAGCUUCGUGGUGAUCUGGAGCGUCAAGGGCAAGAGUAUAAGAUGCUUCUGGACAUCAAGACCAGACUAGAAAUUGAGAUUGCGGAGUACAGAAGACUGCUGGAUGGAGAGGCUACUAGCCUCUCUGUUUCAAGCACAAGCUCAUCCUCGACUACACGCAAAGUGGUAACCAUUGUGGAAGAGGUUGUGGACGGCAAAGUGGUCAGCUCGUCCUCCCAGUCUAAAAGCGAGGUUGUGUCUCAGAAGCUCUCUUGAGCAAAAACAACAACACUUCGAGUUAUGAAAAACCAAUAAACUGCACUAACGGUGCUCUAACUCUGCA